GCAUUGCCUUUGCUUGAUUACAAUCUUGAAGUCACUCAAUGGUUGUGGAGAAACUUAGGAGGACCCAUUUCAGGUAAAUCCACUUUCAAGUCCUGGGGGUCGUUCUUAAAGUGGUGCACCACCAGCAUCAGCACACAGGACAUUGUGCGAGAACUCGCCAAAUGGCUUCCAAAGGAAAAGUCCUCUCAAUGCCUCGACUCGAGUCAAAACAAGUCCUGCAUCGUGGUCGGGAACAGUGCCAAUUUGCUGGGCAAAAACCUGGGCGUCGUAAUCGACUCCCACGACGUCGUGUUCCGACUCAACACUGCCAAAACCCGGAAUUUCGAGUCCGACGUUGGGUCAAAGACAUGCAUGAGGAUCAUAUAUCCGGAAAGUGCUUCUCUAGUCGCCAACAAUCAGAGCCGGGAAUCCGAAAUACUCUUUCAGGCUUACAAAGACGAGGAUCUUUUGUGGCUACUUCUUGCCAGUGACCAGCGAGUCAACUCUGUGAUCCGGGAUUCGCUCUUCCACGGGCUCAAGUUCUGGGCUAAGUUUGCUGGGCUGGAGAUUGGUGAUGCCAAGAACUGCCCUGGCUGGUGGUUGGACCAACCUGCACUUGACAACCGGCGGGUGGGCUACCGUGAAUUGAUCAACCAGCAGGUGACCAGACACGCCAACGGAUUUCCUGUACCCAACCCAAGCACCUACUCGUCCAAAGUCCGCAGAACCUUCGUGCUGAACCCAUUGAUGAUGCGGAAUGUGCGACUCGUGGCGGGUUUGAAGGGCAACCCAACCUCGGGCCUCGUCGCCAUCGUGUUGGCAUUAAAGUCCUGCAAUUCCGUGACCAUUGCCGGGUUCGGGUACAGCAGGGAUCGCAGUGUGUCCGCACAUUACUACGAAGUCAAGGAGAGUUCCACGAUCCUCAACAGGAAGAACCCAGGGAGACACUCGGUGCGAGACGAGGCGAAUUUCAUCGCGAGACUCGCGGCUCGCCAUUUCAUCAAGAACCUGACGCCAUUUCCGUGAUAGGAUUUUGCCUCUCUUUUUUUCUUAAAUUUAUUUCCUGCAUGUCGUGUAUGUCCUCAUGUAUAAUACCAAGUCAUUCAAGUGCAAACGAAGUAAAAGAGAAGCAGAACCACUUCCCAUAGGUACAGAAAACAAAACUGAGGAGUGUUGGACUAUUAGAUAAAGAAAUAUGUUACAGUAUACUGAGCAAUAAAACAAAGCAUUGAGAUGGACACGGAAAA